AUGGAAGAGGCCGUGCAAAAAAGUCGCCGAUCUCUGAAUGCUAAGGACGAAGCUGAGCCUCCCGAGAGCCCUCCUCAUGUCACCAAUUUGCAAGAGCUCUUGGGUGCCUCUGCCUCUGUGGCCGAAUUUAAAGAGGCCAGUCCGGAAAAUGUGGCCGAUUUGUCGCAAAUCCUUUACUACCCUUCAUCACAAGCAGUGGUAACGGAGGAAAAAUUGGGGUCGAGUGGCCGGGUCAGAUUUCUGGAGGAAGAGGGAAUUUAUGUGCCAACUUUGCCGAACGUGAGGUGGAAGAUGAGGAGCAAAAUGGAGAGACGUCUCGUGACGGAUAAUCCGGCUAACAACAAAUGGUUUCAAGAAGAUGGAGAACUAAAAAGUUGCGAGGAGGAAAUGCUUGACAAUCCCGUCAGACCGAAUUUUGACGAAGAAAAUAUCACAAUUGGCACCAUUUUCAAAGACUGCAACCAAGAUAUUGAAAGUUUCAUCCCUUCAAGCGACACAAUGAUCCUGCUCGAACUGCAGCUGAACAGUUUGCACUUCACGCAGCAUCCGCUCUUCACCAACGAGCAUUCCUUGGCACAAAGGUUGACGGAGACGUUCUAUUGCUACCAGAAAAAGUUGGCAGCCAGGUCGUUCGAACGGAUGUCAAAAAGGUUGACAGCUUUGAGACAUGCAUACGAAUUGCUGCGCAGUAAAAAAGAUGAAGAAAUGCAAGAAAAAAUAAAACGUUACGAGUUGGAAAUAAAAGACUUGCGGACCACAACUUUACUGGAAGGUGCCGCCGAAAGAUCAGUUUUGUCCGCAGUCCUCGCCGUUUGGCAGGAAAUGCAAGAUUUGAGGGAAAGGCAAGGAUUUGUUGGGUGCCCUACUAAACUCACAGUUAAUCAGGGCACUGUUUCUGAUGGGCGAAGGAAAAGAGAGGAAAAAAUUUGGAAGGAAACUCUGAAACAAAUAGUUCGCGAACUACGCAGAGAGAAAACGGAGGAGGAAAAUGAAGAGAGUGAAGGUCCUGAUCUGGUCGAAAAAGCUGCUAAACUGCUAAAGGAGUCUUUAAAGCCUCCUGGAGAACCUGAAAUGACACUUCUAUUGACGCAAGAUCUUGAAAUUAGCAGCGAUGCAAGAAGCCUUAAGGCUCAGAAUCGUCUUCAAAACCACUUGCAACGCCAAAAAAUCUGUCUCAAAGUUUUGUACAACAACAGUGAAGUUUGCCAAACCAUGCCUUAUGUUUUGGAUAGCCAGACUUUCAGUUUUGAAAUGGGCAUAAUGCUGCCACUUUCUGCAGUGCAUUGGCCGCAAAAUUUCAGCAUCCAAAUUUUGGAGCAAUCUGCCAUCAAAAGAACAAUUCUAUCAGAGGUUAGUUUACCAUUGCCCGAAAAAGGAUGUACGCGAGAAAUGGCUCAAGUGGAAAAAGUAUUUUUCGGAAGCGAAACACAUUCAGGGUACGUGUUGUGCAAAACGGGCUGGGGCAGCGACGCCGAAGGAAAUUUGCACCAACCAAGUGGUCGUUUUUGGGAAACAAGCUGUACUGUUUCGACUCGAAAAGUGCCAAAAUCUUCCGAGGAACUACAGGUUUGGAUAGACAGAUCACGUAUCGAUCCAAACAAUCCUGCAAACAGUGAAAUCAUUUCCAAAGCUAAGGAACACGCCUUGGACGAUUCAAGCGCAGACCCUUUAACGUCAGACUUGAAUUUUUGCACUGAGGCAGAAUUCAGAGAAGGCGACGCCAGGUUAAAAAUUUUGGAAUUGAGAGAACAGGGUCACCCUGGUUUUUGCAACAUGAAAAUGGUGCCAAUAAACGCGAGGGAACUUCCAGAAGGACUUUUAAAAGAAUUGAAAGAGCGGAAUUGGCAGCAGUCACGCCAGUCAAAUUUCAUUGAGGAGGAAGCAGACGAUUCUUUGGCGAAUCACAGGGCGUGGGCCUUGAACUCGAUUCGAGAAAUCAAAGAAAAGAUUCAGAGACAAGGACGACUUUCGAGUAGAAGGAAAACGAUGAGAGAACUUGUGACUGAAGAUUUAGUUCCAGACAUAGGAACUUUGGGCCUCACACUGAUGGCGUGGUUCCAACCGUCGCGGCCUUUGCGUCCGAUGCGAAAACCGCGGCCGCACGUUGCCCUGCCGGGCACCACUGCCCUCAGCACCACUUUGAUCAUCAACGUCGUGAGCGCCCUGCAGGUGCCGACGCGCAAAGAUCUCGACCUGGAGCCCUCUUCUGCAGGGGCCUUCUUCGAGUCAAGUCCCACCAACGCCACUUUUAACACGGUCGCCGUUCGGCCCUUUGUGGAGGUCAGUUUUAAGGGUGCGACCGCCAGAACGAGGGCUGCCGAAGGUGCAAAUCCAACGUGGAAUAGUGAACUGCAAAUUCCCAUACAAGAGGAGGUUUUUGAUCACGAUUUGAUCAGCAUUCGCCUAUUUGACGAAAUAGUUGUUGACGUUUUGGAUGACGAAAGGUUGCGGGACAUUGACGUUCACACAAGACAUGAGAAAGCGUGGCUCGGCGCGAUAAACAUUCCUUUUUCCGCCGUCCAACGAACUUCAAAGAUCGACGGAACUUUUCCGUUGAAUAUGCAACAAUUAUUGCUUGGCUAUGAGCAAGAGGAGCAGAGCAGACAAUUUGGUCCACUUUUGGGUCCGUUGGAUUCGCCGAGGGGCUCGAGCUGCACUUUUCUCAAUUUUUUCGUCACCUUGCAGCCGCCCAUGGUUGCCACGGAACCAGAAACGACGGAGAGAUUAGAGUGUUUGGAGAGUAGCGCUCUAGAGAGUCACUUGGAAAACUGGAAUUCGCAAGUCACUGCUUUGUUCUCCGAUCGGAAAGUUCCGACUUUGGUCGCCACUUCAAAUGGAAAAACGGUUUGCGUGACGAGGUUAUUCCGACCUAUUAAUCCACCAGAAUUAAAAGAAAGUCACGGAAGAUCGUCAGCGGAAUUAGCGUCUCGUUUUGUUUCUCUCAUUCCUCGGACAAGUUCAAGCGUCUGUUUGUCAGCCGAAGAAAUUCUCAAACUUUGCUAUGGCGACAUUAUGUCAAAUGCGAUUCUUCUGACUUGUUUGUUACAAAGUCUGAAUAUGGAUGCAUGGCUUUUGGUCGGCUGGGGUUUUACAAGAGGGGCCGCGUACUUUGUCCUGACGAAAAACAAAGAGUCCCCGAACGAAAUGCUCAUAUGGGACAUUUGCACCGGCCAGAACUUCAAACUGGACGACCCUUUUUGUCCGGCAACCCUCGCUUGGGCCGUUGUAAAUCAUGAAAAUAUCUGGGCAAAUAUUCAAAGAGAAAGUGCGCCCCGCAGAAUGAGAUUCGAUUUGUCCCGUGCGUCCGACUGGCUGGCCGCUUUUGCACCGGCGAGCAUCGUGGCUGUGCCGGGGCCCGAAGCGGCCUUGCAACCGGAAACGGUGCAGUUCACCAGAACACCGGAAGACUCGUGUAAGGAGCUCGUUGCGCGUCUGGAAAGUUCGCUCAAGGACAACUUUAUGACCUGGAGAACCAAUCUCAGAACUCGAUGGAAUCGGCACUGCUGCUCUGUUUUAAGAAAAGUGCUUCCUAUUUUGGAGAACAGCGGCCACAGUAAAAAAGAGGCGAUGAGGGAACUUCAGCCUUUAAUCGCUGCACACAAGAUGAUUGGAUUUCCAUUGCACUUAACUUACGCCGACGACAAAGAGGUGAUCAGAACCCUUUUUUCUACACAACUUCACAGUUUGCGAGACGCAGAGAUUGAGUUCGGAAUUGCGGUGGCAGCCUUUCCUUACGUCAACAACGCAGUUUCCCUGUGGGUUUUCAUCGCAGCACUUUCCCACAGACGAUGA